GGAGGAAGCGCAGGCGUGGCGCCGAGUGCGCUUCACAAGCGUCAGAGCAACCGGCCUUUCCAACCGACUUUGAGUCAGCCGCUGUCGCCAUUCUUAAUUUGGCGAUUCCUUCCAGGUGUGGCGCUUCAAGCAAGACGACAGCACAGUAAUCUCACGAGGCUGGUGUGCAUGUCUCUCUCUCUCUGUGGUGCAGGUUCUGUGGGACUGUUCGUAGGCAUUGUUAAAGGGCCCUGUUCCCCAUUUGCUCGUGGUUGCAUGCCCUUGUGCUAUCAAGGUCGGAAGCUUCAGGUUGUGAUGCGGUAGAAGAGGCGAAUAAUGGAGGGGGCAGAGAGUAGAAGCAUGGCGUGUAUCGAAAGCGGAGGUCAAGACUUUGUUGGUCGUGGAGAUGAAGGCGAUGGCGGUCAUGUUAGGACUGGGACGGUCUGGACUGCAACUGCUCAUAUUAUAACGGCAGUUAUAGGAGCAGGGGUUCUAGGGCUGCCAUGGAGCGUAGCUCAGCUUGGCUGGGUUCUGGGCCCUGCUGCCAUCCUUCUCUUUGCCUGGGUUACCUAUUACACAGCCCUCCUUCUAGCAGACUGCUACAGAUACCCUGACAAAGCCGCCGGCCAGAGAAACCGUGUCUACAUGGAUGCAGUGAGUACCAUUCUAGGGCCUAAACAGGAGAAGCUGUGUGGAGUUGCCCAACAUAUCGAUCUGUGGGGAGCUUUGAUUGGAUACACUAUAACAACUUCCACAAGCAUGAUGGCAGUGAAGAAAUCAAACUGUUUCCACAAAUACGGUCAUGAUUCAGAGUGUCGAAUGUCCGGCAAUCUGUAUAUGAUACUCUUUGGAGUAAUUGAGAUUGUGCUAGCUCAACUUCCGAACCUUGAGAAAGUUACAUUGCUCUCUAUCAUAGCAGCGAUCAUGUCGUUCGCGUACUCGCUCAUUGGCCUGGGCUUGUGUAUCGCUAAAGUAGCAAUGAAUGGAAAGCUAAAAGGAUCUUUAACAGGAACAGAAGUGAACGAUGGUGGUAUGUCCUUGGCAACGAAGACAUGGAAUGCCUUCCAAGCUUUGGGGAACAUUGCUUUUGCAUAUACUUAUGCAGUCGUUCUCAUUGAAAUACAGGAUACAAUGAAAUCACCACCGCCGGAGAACGAGUCCAUGAGGAGAGCUAACUUUUAUGCAGUUGGGGUGACAACAGUGUUCUAUAUGACUCUUGGUUGCAUUGGAUAUGCUGCAUUUGGCAACUCAUCUCCGGGAAAUUUCCUCACUGGCUUUGGCUUCUACGAACCUUACUGGCUUAUUGACAUUGGCAACAUUUGUGUCAUCGUUCAUCUUGUUGGUGCUUACCAGGUGUAUGCACAACCAAUUUUCUUUCAUCUUGAGAAUUGGAUUGCUAAGUCAUGGCCUGCAUUCUACACUCGGGACAAAGUUUACCGGAUCAGCCUGCCAAAAACGACGACCAUGUUCGAGUUCACAAUCAUGCGGUUGGUCGUCCGCUCAUCGUUCAUUGUUUUGAUGACACUCGUGGCGAUGAUCAUACCAUUUUUCAACGCAGUCAUGGGUUUGCUCGGCGCACUCACAUUUUGGCCCUUGACAGUUUACUUUCCGGUGUCUAUGUACAUGGUUCAGGAGAAGGUCAAGAGACAGACGUUCACAUGGUUCAGGUUGAAGUUCCUGGACUUGAUUUCCAUGGUUGUAUGUAUACUAGCAGCUGUGGGAUCAGUUGCUGGAAUAAUAGACAGCCUCAAGCAUGCUGCCCCUUUUAAGAGCUCUUACUAGAGACACUCUAUACCUCACCUGGUUUCACGGUGAUCCUCCAUUGACAGAUCAUUUAUUUGGUAUCAAUUUGGCCAAAGAAGUCCUUUUUGGGCCAACCAACCGACAAGUUCUGCUUCAAUCCUCUUCAUAGAGUGUUCAUCACAAUCAACCAGAAGUGUUGCUGGAAGAGUUCAUUCUGUAAAUUUGUGAUGAAGUGGCUGUUGAGAUGCAAGCUGACAUGGUGAGAGUGAAAACUCUAUACAUGUAUCAUCAUCAUUAUCCUUAUCAUUAUUUUUGUUCGCGACCUUGAGAAUCCGAACUCGGGCUUAGAGACUUUGUAACUGGCCUCAUAAAACUGAAGUCGAGUGCUCCUUGCUUCCUGCGGUGGAGCCACAUCUUGGCUGGUGUAUUGUCCAGCCCCAUAAAAUAUCUUUAUUUUCACAUAGACGCUUUUAAAUAUUUGCUGAUUUAUAUAUAUUGUUGCUCUUUAAAGUAAAAAAGCUUUUAGAUUAA